AUGAGUUGCUUAUACACAAAAUAUUUACAAAUAUUGGGAGCUUUCCAGCAAGUGACACAAAAAUCGACACAGCAAUAUUUCUGUCUUUGUUUGAUAUUCAGUUAGAGACAAAGACAAAAUUACUUUGUCUCUUGCUGGAAAAAGCUCCCAUACAACAUUCGAUUUUCAGUAGAAACAAAACGCUACGCGGGGCAAUCCGAAUUCCGCGCUUCAAGUCGAGAAAUCGCGAUAGUUCGAUACACGCGAUUGAUCGCGAUCGCUUAACCGCCGCUCAUCCCUCUCUUCGUGUCGCGCGCUUACCCGCGGUCCAACCGUCAAAGGAGGCAGCGACCGGUUCACCGUGGUCCGUUGUUCGUUCUAUUCUUCUGUGGGUUCAGGUUUGGUUCUCACCUGUCUCUUGCGUGGAUCCCGAGCUCCGUGAUACGAAGCAAAUGCAGUCUCUUCCUACUUCCGUGAAACGCAGAGUCAAGGCAUUGAAACAACUGCAACUCGUCACCACUAAUAUCGAGGCUAAAUUUUACGAAGAAGUCCAUGCCUUGGAAUGUGAGUACUACAAAAUGUGCGCGCCUCUGUACGAGAAGCGCAGUGAGAUAAUAUCGGGCGCUUAUGAGCCGACCGACGAGCAAUGCGUUUGGGACAGCGACGAAGAUGAAGAGGUGCUAAAUAAUUAUAUGAAGGACAAGGCAAAAAUCGAAGAAACUACAGAGACAAAGAAGGAUGAAACAGAGAACGAGGAUGAUACUAAAGGCAUCCCAGAUUUCUGGCUAACGAUAUUUAAGAAUGUAAGUACACUAUCCGAUAUGGUUCAGGAGCAUGAUGAACCGAUCUUGAAGCAUCUACAUGAUAUUAAAGUAAAAUUUCUGCGAGCGGAUCCAAUGGGAUUUGUCCUCGAGUUCUAUUUCACGCCCAACGAAUAUUUCUCUAAUUCAGUACUCACUAAAGAAUACAUCAUGAAAUGUACUCCAGAUAAGAAUGAUCCCUUCAGUUUCGAAGGACCAGAGAUAUACAGAUGCAAAGGGUGCGUGAUUGAUUGGAAGAAAGGUAAAAACGUUACCAUAAAGACUAUUAAGAAAAAUCAAAAGCAUAAAUCUCGAGGAUCCAUGCGUACUGUAACGAAAACAGUUCAAAACGAUUCCUUCUUUAAUUUCUUCACUCCACCAAUUGUGCCAGAAGACUCGGAAGCCGAUAUGGAUGAUGAGACUCAAGCUCUACUAACCAGCGAUUUCGAAUUAGGCCAUUACAUUAGAGAACGCAUAGUUCCGAGAGCUGUACUCUACUACACAGGCGAAGGUUUAGAUGAUGAAGACGAGGAUUAUGAGGAUGAGGAUGAUGGGGAUGACGAUGAAGAUGAGGAGGAUGAGGAAGAAGAGGCCUCCUCACCCAUUAAUGCGCCUCCAGGUGGGAAACAAGGCGAUGAUACCAAUGAGUGUAAACAACAGUAGAAUUAUAUUAAUUGUGACGUAAAAAGCAAAAAAAGAAAUCAAUCGUUCGUGCGUUACAGUAUGCGACAACACACUAACGACACCUCUGACCGAUAACUGCCUAGAUAAUCCUGCACCUUGCGGCUCCAAAUGUAAUCCCUAUUCCUAUUCUUAUCAAUCAUCUAAUCAUAUCAUAUCUCCUAUUACAGAUCAAGCAUAGAACUCUUCAACAUACCAGUGAUACAAAAAAAUAUUAUAAAAAAGAAAUUUAUGCGUACCACACCUUCCCUAUACUCGCCGUUGACGAUGAGUAGAAUGUGCGCCUCAUUAUACCUGUGCUAUAAGAUCUAAUUAUAAGUAUAUGAUAAUUGCUCUUGCUCUCGAACACUAAUUAUUGUCAAUUUUUAAUUGCUUCAUUUUAUACUACUUGUUACGUUUAUACGCGCUGACAGAGUGGUUGUUUGAAUUUUUUUCCGAGAAAACGCACGUUGCUCUAUGAAUAAAUUUUUGGGUACUGUUGAAGCAUUUUUAAUACAAAAGUGGAGAAAAAAAAA